UUGUGUCAUGAACCAAAGAAACAAAGACAGUGAGGGAGAGGAGAGAGGCAGUGAGCUGUGGUCGUCAAAUAUGCAAAGAAGCAGAUGAACACGGGAAACGCUGAAGAAAGACGCGGCCAGUUUGAAGAUUAGGAUCACAGUGUUUUAUUAGAUCUCCAGAAAUUCAGCGGUUUUCCGUCACACUUCCAAGAAGGCACCUGUGGUGGCCUGAGAGGAGUUGCACUUUUCUCUCAAGACUGAGGAUAGGGCUGAGUGGCGGCCAUGGGCUCCUGGAUGUGGGGCUUCGUUACCGACUUGUUCACCUACGAGACCACCAAGUCUGUGGUGGUCAAGAGCUGGUCUGUGGGGAUCAUCAACCGGAUCGCACAGCUGCUCAUCAUCGCGUAUUUUGUCGGCUGGGUCUUCAUUCACGAGAAAGCUUAUCAGGAGAUCGACACCGGCAUAGAGUCGUCCGUAAUGACCAAAGUAAAAGGCUUUGGUUACCAUCAUGACCAGGUGAUGGACGUGGCCGACUAUAUCUUCCCCCCUCAGGGUGCAGGUGUUUUCUGCAUCUUAACCAAACUGAUCAUCACCGGAAAUCAGUUCCAAGGACGAUGUCCAGAGACUGAUUACUAUAAGUGCGAUACAGAUGAAGACUGCCACAAGCAUUAUGGCUCCAUCCUUGCCCAUGGUGUGAUAACAGGUGCUUGCCUUAAAGACUCCAAUGAGACAGAGGGUCGGUGUGAGAUCGAAGGAUGGUGCCCGGCCGAGGAUGAAAAGCCUGACAUCAAACCAAUGCUGGACGUGAAAAACUUCACCAUCUUCAUCAAAAACAGCGUCCGCUUCCCGCUCUUUGAUGUCACCAGAGGGAACUUUCCCUCCACGAUGACAUCCAAACAGAUCAGGAGCUGUACCUACCAUCCGCAGGACCAACCCUUCUGUCCCAUCUUCCGCGUCGCUGAUGUGCUGAACUUCACUGGCCAGAAUGUGGCUGCCCUGUCAGACAAGGGUGGAGAAAUAGGAAUAAACAUUGAGUGGAAGUGUAACUUUGACCUAGACGUCGAGAAGUGUCAACCAAAGUACUCCUUUACUCGGCUGGACGCUCCAUUUGCCAAGAAUGCUGUUUCCAAAGGGUACAACUUCAGGUUUGCCAAAUAUUUCAAGACACAGAAUGGGACUGAAUUUCGGACUCUUUACAAAGCGUAUGCUAUCCGCUUCGAUGUUAUGGUCUCUGGCAAUGCGGGAAAGUUUGCCACAGUUCCAACACUGAUCAACUUAGUCGCUGCCUUCACCUCUAUUGGGCUGGGUACAGUUCUCUGUGAUAUUAUCUUGCUGAACUGCUUGAAAGGAGCAGAACAGUACAAAGCUAAGAAGUUUGAAGAGGUGUCAGAUGCUCAGAUAGAAGCAUCCCUGGCUCCGAGCCCAGGCAGCCAGCUGUCACUUAAACCAGGGUUAAAGAGCUCCUAUGACUCCGGAGCCAUUUCCCUCUCCACCGCUGACCUACCUGUCUGACGAACAACAACAAGACGAAGAAAUGGACGUUCCCCCCUCCCUUCUCUUUCCCUUAUUGCAUUGACAUAAGAACAUUAUAUCUUAACCGGCUGAUCCUAUAAUCAGUAUUAGUUUGUCAAGUAGAGUAAAGAAGCACAACGUACCUACCAUUGGUUGCCAUGUAUUUCAUAAUAAUAGCCAGCUAUUAUUACUACAAUGGAGCCACUUGGUCAAUACACUCAGGACAAAUAUGUUCAACACCUAUGAAACUCAGUCAAUUUAAGCUCUCAACCAUGUAACUGGAGCUCUGUUAAAACAGUGUUAGAUUUGGAGUGAAAUGUACAGAAAUAAAAAUGAUAUUUUAUGGUAAACGGUUUCAUUUUACCAGAUAUUUUACAACAUCUUAACUACAGUAAUCUGUAACCUCCUGUUUGACAGCUAAAAAUAAAUAACCCUUUCGAUAGUAUUCCUUCACAUUUAGUCAGCCGAGACAGGAAAAUGAGAAUCAUUACUGGAACCAAGGCUGAGAAUAAAUAAUGAGAAUAAACUAUUUGCAUAAGAUACUUCUUUGUCAUCACCAAAUCUAUUUGUUCACAAAUUAAAGUCUCCUAAUGGUGUACAUUGGUGUGUGUGUGUGUGUGUGUGUGUGUGUUUUGAGGUCUACAAAUGGGCCAUUAUUAGUCCACCUCUGGGCAAAGUAGCGCAGUGGGAAAUACAAUGGUGCAGCCUAAUGGACCAAUGAAAGCAUUCCUUUAUUUAGAACGAGAAAUAUGAUUUUCUGUAGACUGUCCAGGGUUUGUACGCCGCCUCUCGCCUGAGGACAACUGGAAUCAGCUCCAGCCCCACCACGACCCUCGUAGUUAUAGAAGAUGAGUAUGAGAAUACGAUUUUCCUCUUUGUGUUUAUUACAGUGAUUUACUUUCAGAUCUUUACACACUUUUCUGUAUAUUUUUAAUUUAGUUUCCCUCCCCCCAUCUUCACAUUUCACUAUAACUGUAACGGGUCAGACAGAGCCCCUGAAUGGUUCUGAGCGAGGGGAUUUAGAGCAGCUUCAUGUGCACAUUUAAUCACACAGUUUUGUAACUGUGAAAGAAUUUGCAGAUUAGAAUAAGAAGGGAUCUAUAUCACUGAACAUUUCAUGUAGAGGGGUUGAUAAAAUGGGGGUGUUCACAGACUCUCUCAAAGAUAACAAGAUGGUCAGGAGGCAACUUAAGAUAGAGUGGAAAUGCGGACACCGCUCUUAAUUGUAACAAAUGUUCACGUUAACACAAAGAAUCGGGAAAAGGGACAGUCACUACCUGGGUUUAGGUCGGGGUUAACAUAACCUGUGGUGUUGCAGGACUUCUCCUUAGCCUGGAUUAAACGGUCAUCCAAUCAAACAAAACAAGGCAAAUGAGCACAUUUCAAAAAUACUAUUCCUUUAAUAUUAGUCUUAGCCUCGGUUUCCCAUGUAGCCACGUGGAAACAUAACUGAAGCAACAAUAAAAACUUCACAGCAAGAGUAAAAAGUACGUUGCAAGAAGAUACUCAGUGCUAAGGUGCUUCUGUCCGACCCCAACGGACGAGUCAAACACAGCUAUUGAGAAACUGCCAGUUGAUUUCAGCUUCAGCUCACAUGUCUUCCCUCCUCUGCGGUUAGUUUCCCGCGAUGGCCAGCCAGGGAGCCAUUACCAAGAGACAGGAUAUGGGAAGUUUAGAAUGGGAAGUCUGCUGCCGUCCACUGUGGGACUAAAGGGCUCAAGGCAGCAGUGUCUGAAGUGGGAUGAGAGUCAAUAAAACACAUGGCAGUGCUUUGAAUGUCCAAAAAGAAAUCUUUCCAGCACGCUUGCUGCGUUCGCUGCAGAAAAAAAUACUUAUCUCAGCAUUGCAUUCAGUUGCUUUGUAAGUCUUAAACUCAACACUUUUAGAAGAUAAUCCCCAGAAUGUGAGUUUAGGAUGCAAUCCAGCUUUUACUGUAAUAUUAUUGCUCUUGAUACAAUUUGUCAAAGUACUGUCGCUUUCAAAAAUAGAGGAAUCUGCAUUUGCGACAUACUAUCUAUACUAAUUUGAUUAUGGUU